AUGGCGGACAGCGACGAAUUUGGAGAAUUCGACGAUUCUGCGUUUCUCGACGCAGCGACCCAGUUUGAGAAAGAAAACACACUAGCAUUCCAUCCUUCACCACGGCCGUCCAAGCGACGGCGCAUCGAUCAACAAGAUGAAAGGACUAUGAAGUCCGUUCCGCCAAGAAAAUAUCUUCCAAACCGCCGUCCGGGACCUUUCAUUGAGGAGGAUGAGGAGGAUGAGGCGGAUGAGGAUGAAUCUGCAGACUCAGAUGGGAGAAAGAAACAACCUAAGUCCAAGGGAAAAGAGAAUGACGAGGACGAGCAGGAAGACGAGUCACCCCAGAAGCGAUGGGGUAACAAGAAGAAGGAUCGAAUCCAUACCCCAACAACCAUCGUUGAUCUGACUGAUAUGUAUGCUACGCAACCACUGAGGGAAAAUUCACCACCGUGGAAACCGAGGGGCGCGAUUUGGCAGAAGCCUUCGAUGAUCACUGGGGGGCACCGGUCCUCUGGACCCCAGAGUCCCAAACAGACAAGGCUUGAUGCCAUGAAGACAAUGGCUUUGCCCGGACCACAGCCUAUACUGUCAAGACUUACCUACGACAUAGCUCAAGAGCUUGCAGACCUUCCGUCUGACGCCUUCGCAUCGUCUUCGUCCUCUCCUCAGAAACAAGACGAGGUCGUCCUCGUAUCGGAAAGGCGUACCAGGCUAGCUGCACCACAGACUGGGUUACGUCAAACGACGCUAUUCGGUCGAGACGGUGUUGAUGAAGAAGUUCCGCCUUCACAGGCCAAUAAGCGCUACAAUUUCGUUACUACCCAAAAAGAGGAACCCCCAACUCAUCACAAGUUGAACCACGAAGCAAUGAAAACCUGGGUGUAUCCCACCAAUCUUGGAACGACGCGAGACUACCAAUUUAACAUCGUUGCUAGAGGGCUUUACCAUAACCUUUUAGUUGCGUUGCCAACAGGAUUAGGAAAGACAUUCAUUGCAGCAACUAUCAUGCUGAACUGGUACCGCUGGACGACAGAGGCACAGAUCGUGUUUGUUGCGCCCACAAAGCCUCUUUGUACCCAGCAAGUCCAAGCCUGCUUCAACAUCACCGGCAUCCCGCGCUCCCAAACUACUCUGCUCACUGGGGGAGUUGCUCCGGGCUUAAGGGCUGAAGAAUGGGCCAGCAAAAGAGUGUUCUUCAUGACACCCCAAACGCUACUAAACGAUCUCAAAGCUGGUUGUGCCGACCCCAAGAAGAUCGUUCUCCUAGUGGUCGACGAGGCACACCGGGCUACUGGUUCAUAUGCUUACGUGGAGGUGGUCAGCUUGAUGCGACGCUUUAAUCCUAGCUUUCGAAUACUUGCUCUGACUGCUACACCGGGUGCAGAUGUGGAAUCCGUGCAGAAGGUCAUCGAUGGUCUAGAAAUCUCCAAAAUCGAAAUCCGUACGGAGAACUCUCUCGACAUCCGUAACUUUGUUCAUCAACGCAAAGUAGAGAAGCACACUUUUGUGAAUAGUGAAGAGAUGGAGAUGUGCAUGACGCUCUACUCCCAAGCCCUGCAACCUUUGACCAACAAGGUGGCCGGACUGAACGCGUUCUGGAGCCGCGACCCCCUUGAUUUAACCCCAUACGGAUGCACACAGUCGCGUCAGAAAUGGUUUGCUAGCGUUGGCAAGCAUGCACCAAUGCCUCAGAAAGCCAUGGUGAACACCAUCUUCCAGGUUCUAGGGAAGAUAUCGCAGGCCAUGGAGUUACUGAAGUAUCAUGGCAUUGGGCCCUUCUACACGAAGCUGAAAGAUUUCAAGCAAGAGAAUGAGGGGAGUAAAUCUAAAUAUAAGAAAGAAGUAACCGACAGCGAUUCCUUUAAGAAGCUUAUGGUUAGACUGCAAAGCUGGGUGAUUAGCGACAAUUUUGUCGGCCAUCCGAAGCUCGAAUAUCUCCAAGAGGCCAUCCUUGAUCAUUUUGUUAACGCCGCGGAAGGCCGAAAUCCAGAUGGUGCUCCUCCAUCGCAGACUCGCAUUAUGGUUUUCGCCCACUUCCGAGACAGUGCAGAGGAAAUUGUGAAGAUAUUGAAGAGGCAUCAACCGAUGAUCCGCCCUCGCGUUUUUGUUGGUCAAGCCAUGGCCAAAAAUUCAGAUGGAAUGAACCAAAAGGAUCAGCUAGAGGUUAUCGAAAAGUUUAAAUCGGGGACAUAUAAUACCCUUGUAGCCACAUCUAUUGGUGAAGAGGGUCUCGAUAUCGGUGAAGUCGAUCUUAUUAUCUGUUAUGAUUCCAAAGCUUCACCAAUCCGUAUGUUACAACGCAUGGGUCGAACAGGUCGAAAGCGCGAAGGCAAGAUCAUUUUGCUACAAAUGAAAGGCAAAGAGGAAAACGAUGCGAUGAAAGCCAAGGAUGCCUACGAAAAGAUGCAAGAGUUAAUUGCCGACGGCUCAAAAUUCAACUUCCAUGACGCGGUUUCGCGGCGGAUUGUUCCUCGAGAGGUACAGCCUAUAGUAGAUAAAUGUGUCGUUGAGAUACCAUUGGAGAAUUCGCAAGCCGAUUUUCUACCAGAACCUAAGAGGAGGAAUGGAAGGCAACCGAAACGACCACCGAAGAAGUUCCACAUGCCUGACGGUGUUAUCACUAGCUUUGUCACGGCGGGUCGAAUGGAUCAAGAGGUCGCCCCCAAACCUCGUGGCAAGAAGAAGGCCACACCUGUGUAUCCCAGUGAGGAGCUAGUGGUGUGCCCUCUCCUAGAGACGGUCCUACUUGAUAACGGAGCUCUGAGGGAUCUUGAACGUCGUUAUCAGACAGUUUAUGACGACGACAAUAAUGCCCCUAUGAUUGAUGACCUAAACCUGGGUAAACAUGUAGCACGGCAGCGCGUGGUAUCGAGAACGGGAAUAUUUUCGCAGCCAGGGCGCGUGGCCCAGCGUUUUGCCAAAACCAUGCAGCGGAUGCACGAAAUGGAUGACGAGCGACUGGGUGAAUUCAGAAGCAAUGUUCAUCGCUCCAACCUCGGAUCAGCGCCGGAGAAUAACAUGGUUGUAUCUGACCACUCUAACUCGGAACUGAUGGAAGGACUAGAUCCGGAGAUAUGGGAAGAUGAUGACCCAGCAUCGCAGCCACAAUCCAAACCCAGAACAAGGCCAGGUCCGAAACAGAAAGCAAAGACAACUCCCAAGACAGCAGCUCCUCGUAGUCGGCCGCCUAAAAAGGCCCCUGCUGCCACAAAUUCACCAGUUCGGCAACCUACCGUCAAGGCAAAGACUAAGACACCUACCUACCGCCUCUCAGGUUUUGCAGAUGAAGGGGAGGAAUCUUCUCCUCCACCCACAGAUCCCCAAAUGCGUCUCGCCUCCCAAGCUGUCUCCCUAGGCUCAGACGACACUGUAGUCGAUGAUGCAAUUGAAGAUACCCAAGCCUAUCUUCUAGACUCUGAUCUCCGAAGCUUUAUCGCAUCUGACAACGAAGACAUCCAUGUGCCGAACUCGAGCCUUCCGAGUCUGGAUUUUGGAGGCCUCGGGAAAGGGACGCAGGCUGUAGUUAACGAAGCAAAGCCGAAGAGACAGAAGAGGUUGGUGAAGAUAUUCACAAGCGACCCUACGGAUGAUGAUGCGGUUGUUAGUAGUGAUAGUGAUGAUAAUAUGUUGAUCCAAAAGGAGGCAAGUGGGCGCGCUACGAAGAGGCCAGCUUUUGUAGUGGAUUCUGUGACAGAGAGUGAGGGAGAUGAGGAGGCCGUCAGGCUGCAGAAGAGGGCUCGGAGGCCAGUUGUUGACGAUAGCGAAGACGAAGAGUGAUGACAUAAGUUGACAGCAAUGCAUGUUUUCUUGGUCCCUGGGGGAUUGGAUUGGACUUUACACAUUGCAAUAUACCCAUACAGCCACCGCUCAAUGGAGCGUUGGCGAAUUAAGACGAUAUCUUUGAGCUGAUGCUUCUACGCCUUCUCAGGCUCGUCGAACUGCGUCCAAUACUCUGGUUCAUAGCCUUCCACGUUU